UAUCUUCCCCAGCGUUCCUCCUCUCUUAAGCCCUUUUAUACUAUUUUCUUAUUUUUAGGUGGAGCUUGAGUGACUCUAGUCAUACAUACCUUUAUUAUGAUUGGUGUAAAAUCUCCUCGCUUUACUUUUAAAGGUGUACGCUACAGAAAAUUCAGAGCGCAUGCUCAGCGAGGGGUAGUUGCACCUUAGAGGCGGGUAGCUUUUGGGACAGAGGUGUGUUUUGCUAUUAUAAUGAGCAAAGUUCCAUGUCAGUACUCCAGAACUGGGCACUUAUGAUAUAAAUCAGAAGUAAGACAACAGCGUUGACAGAACCCCGUUGUUUCACCUCGUUGCUUCAGUGGAUUUAGUGCAGGGGCCUUCCAUUGCUGUUCCUAUGGUUCCGGUUCCCCAUCCCUGCGGUGAUUUCGCAGAGCGUGGCCGCGGCGUCUCCGCUCUGCUCCGCCCUCCGUGUUGUUUCUCAGAGUCAGCACACCAAGCUCCCCUCGUGUUGCUGACAUCUAAGGUUGCAGGUUAUGUUGCUUAGGGAAUUAUUAUGGAACAGAUUCCUUGCAUAUCCACUGUAUUCCACCCUGGAGGUUCACCUUCCCUUAAGAGAGGCGGGGGGACAUAUCAAUAAGUCACCUCCAGCAAUUAUUCCACACUGGGCUGGCAUUCUUCUGAAGUUACCUCGUUCUCUUGGAAUCGUUGCCUUGGUCGUCUUCAUUCUGCUCGCAUCUGCCAGUUUCAGCUAGGUGUGUGUUAGCAGCAUUAGCUUUAUCAAAAAGUUGACUCUGGCUCAGCUCUUGCGGCCUGAGGCUUCAACUGCUUUAGCUUCUAGUGCUAGAGCCAGGCGAUUAAUCCUAACGAUUCCCAGCACAGGUAACGGCAAGCUCUACCGGAGCAACUCGGAGAGAACGGGGGUGAGUGCUUCCCAGGACAAGAAGGGAAAUCCAUCUCCUCUCUCCCCAGCUGCGCCGGCUCCCUGCUGGCGCCAUAAUGCACCUUCAGAGGAUGCAGGCUGAUGUCACAGGGGGCUGCCCCGCAUCCCAGGGAGGUCUCCCCAGCGCUGCCGGCACUUCCCAGCGAGGCUUGGGCGCUGCUGGGCACUGCUCAGGGGCUCCCCACUGCUGCCCUUCGGAGCUGCUCCACAGCCAGGAGCGGGAUCGGGAGGCAGCGGGGCUGCGCUGGGGGGACCCGUUGUGACCGGCAGAGGAGCAGGGGCACGUCGGAGAGGAGUUUUGGGCGAGGAGCUGCGAAGAGCAUCCCUUUCCCUGAGCGGAGGGCAAGCGGCAGGCGCGAUGGAGGGCUGCUGCACCGUGGCCAUCAGCUUGGAGCUCAGCAGCUUGUUCCCCACGCUCCUGCAGCUCUCCACCAAGGAGGUUGUGGCUAUUUGGGAUGCUGUGUCUGCGUACAUCCUGGGACAGCUGAAGCAGGACAAGGGCGUCCUGGUCGCAGGACUCGGGACCUUCGCUAUGGUCCAAGAGCAAUUCCAGGGCAGAGAAGAGGUGUAUGUGGUUCGAAGACCCGUCUUCCGACUGGAGCUUGAUGUGUUAUGCCUGCAGGAGCUCGCGUUCCCCACAGUGGUUAUCCCCGGCAAUGUCAAGAUCAAGCCGCUGAACUACAAGCGGCUGUCGCGAGCCACCUCCUUCCCACGGCACGUGGUGAAGGACUGCGUGCAAGAGACCAUCCUCUUGUACUCUUCCCAACUGAAGAACGGGCAGCGCCUCUCCUUCGCCUUCAAGGACAUUGGUGUCCUGUCCUGCAAAGACGACCUCCUGUGCAUGCGGUUCUAUUCUGACUGCGUCACAGGGCUGGAGAGCAAGGCCAGCCGGAUUGCGCUGCUUCGCACUAGGCUGUGGAGGCCAGGGGCAGCUGUCUCCGGUGGAGCGACCGCCGCCGCUCAGGAGAUGCAGGCUGCUGCUGCCCACGCGUUCCCGAGGUUUCAGCUCCUGGUGAUCAGCAGAUCGGCGUCCAAGGCUUUCUCCACCUGGCACAAGAAGGUUGCAGAAAAGCACAGGGUCAGAAGAGGUACAGAGGGAAGCCAGGUGCCUGACAAGCUGCUGCAGAGGCGGGUGAAGUAUUCCCUCCCCGCGCUGCCAAACCAGGGGCCGGGCACCAGGCAGCAAGACACGGAGAAGAAGCCUUCUGCCAGUCUGCUCCCACCAUGUCCAGGCAGCUCCCCCAGGACGAAGGAGGCAAGCAGGCAGGAGCCAGCUCCUCCAGCCAGGCCCACCGCUGCGCUCCCGUCUUCUGAAGGCUGCAAGAGAGCGCUGCAGGAGGUCUGGCAGCUGUCUGCAGAGUGGGAGCGAGUGAAGACCCGGUGGGAAGAGCGGCGACAGCAAGCAAAGGCAGAAUGGGCGGCGUGGGAGGCCUGGUCUGCAGGGGAGGACCGACAACCGCCCCAGGCGCUCGGCACUGGAGGCAUUCGGGCUCCCCACCCUCCAGGCCAGCCCAGGAGAAAGGAGGUCGGCGGGAGGUGGAGGAAGGCUGAAAACCCUCUCCCAGCAGAGGAGAUGGCAGCAGCCGCCCAGCUGGAGAGACUCCAGCCCGACCACCUUUCCCCACGAGCGGCCCAGGUCCUCAGAAGGCUGGAGCCGCAUCAAGGACGGAGGACCAUCUUCAGGCACGUCACCGAGAACAACCGGCGGAAGCUGGAGCAGCAGAGGCAGCUCCCCUGCACACGAUGCUGGUACCGCAGCGGAGGAGAAGGUGCCGGAGGCGGCGGCUGUAGCAGCGGCUGUUAGCAAAAGGGGGCUGGGAGGCUUCUCAGCUUCUCAGAUCCACCUAAAAAUACAAAAUAAAGAGCUCUGGGGCUGUUCCCAGCUGGACUGAC